UUUUGUAAGAUAAAUAUUUAGUGGUCCGAACAGUGCGCAUUUCGGUUAGUCUCUCAGAUCUAAAAGUUAUUUAUUAUAGCGAAAAAAAAAGUGAAAUUGUAAAAAAAAAAAAUUAUUUGAUUAAAUAUUGAUGUAAAAAUCGUGAAGUAAUUGGAACGCAAAAUCUAAGUUCGUGAAUUUAAUCAUGAGGAGAGCAACACUCGAUAAAAUCGAUGAUAUUAAAUUCAAUACCGGACGCAAUUCCAAUCUUUUCAACUAUGCAUUGUCAACAAAUUUAAAAAAUGUCGAAAGCAAGCGUCAGAUAUUUCAGACAAAUUCACAAACGAAUAAUUACUUGCAACGAAGCUUUUCUGCAGAUAAUGUUAUAAAAACUCGCGGAUUUAAACCAUCAGACAGACACGAUCCGGCAAAGAGAAAUUUUCUCGAACACUUGACGUCGAAAAUACUUCAUUUCAAUAUGGAUAAUUUGCAAACGAAACCGAUCAACUUACAAAAGUUGCUGACGCCAGCUAUGGAUUCAACUGAUAUUCUACAAACACGAAACAAAAAAAUGUAUGCGUCGUCGUGCUUUUAUGCACCGACCCAUCCUACAGUAGAGGAUCAAGUGGAACUCGCUCGGAGAAUUUCUUAUUCUCUUAGCGAUGUAAAAAAUAUGAAAAGUAAAGGGCAGUCCAUGUAUGUAAAUAGAAAGAAAAGAUCUGUUAAGUGGAUUCAUGAUGGAAAUGGAAUUGAUGUUGAAGAUGAACCUCAAUCACCUCUACCUCGUGAUAAAGUACCUUUAAAAUGUAUGAUGAAUCCAAAUGGCAAAGUAUUGGAUAUUCAAGGUAUCCAAGCUCUUGGAGAAGAACCAAAUAUUGGUACGAGUCCAUUGAAUGCUGAAAAACUAUUCGAUAUUGUUCGUGAUUUGAACAAUCAAAAAGGACGUGGUGCAGAAAUUUUUGCGAAGCGGAGAAAAAGAUCAGAAAAGUGGGUGGUAGAUAAAGACCAUCAAUCUUCACCUAAUCCUGCUAAUAUGGAAAAACCACAACCUUUCCUACCUAAAAUGGAUUAUCAGCCAACAGAAAAUUUGAAUUAUACAAACCAUUCACUAAAGUCUCCAGGUCAAAAUAAUGGAAAUGCUUUUCCCAGUCCUUAUAAUUUGGACAUGUCUUUCAAUAACUCAAAUACUCAAUUUAAAGACAAAUCUCGUAAAAAGCAAAUGUAUCCAAACGCACCAAGAAAAAGUGAGCCGGAAGUAAUAAAAGUUUAUCUGAAAGAAGUAGCAGUUGGUACAGAACCAGAAUGCAUAGGAAAUGGACAUUGCAAUGGAAAUCAUGCUUCAUAUGACAAAUAUAAACGUAAUUCUAUUAAUUCUAAUCAUUAUAUGGAAUCUCAUGCCAAUAACAAUCGCUGCAUGGAAUCUCAUGUCAAUAAUAAUUGUUACAUGGAGUCUCAUGCUAAUAACAAUCGUUGCAUGGAAUCUUAUUCCAACAAUAAUCGUUGCACCAAGCAACAUUUUAUGAAUGAGCCUAAAAAAAAUGGUCAUCAUCAUAAUAACCAACAUCAACAAGAUAUUGAUGAGAAUGAUGAAGACUAUACGCCAGUGCCAGUUAAACAACUGAUUCAAGAGUUUGAAAAAACUUGUCGACCUGUACUUCAAUAUAAACAGAUGAUUCCUAAAACUCCGAUUAUUCAAAAUCCACCGAUAGAAAAUAUUUCACGUUUCUUUGAUUCACCUAGAAUGUUCAAUAAUACGAAAGAGACUCCAAAAUAUAUUGGAAAUGGUGUUGAAAUGAAUGGACGUAUGAAUUCAAAUAUAAAUCAUGUUGAGAAUGGCAAUGGCUAUAUGAGAAAUUAUCAGCAAAAUAAUUUAAUGGGCUUGAGAUACGAAUACGACUCGACAGAUGAUGAAAUCGAUGAUUCUUUUGGUGAAUCAAGUUCUUCAGACGACAGUUCUGGAAUGCGUCCGACAUCUAAUGGAAUACUAUCCAUGGAUGAUUAUGAUUAUCGUCGUAAAUUAUUUGAUUGUACAACUGAACAACUUUUUGAGGCACCACCAGGCUUUAGGAAUGAUGAUUUAGAAGAACCAUUUAUUAAUACAGAGAAUGAUCUAUCACCUCAAGCUAAAUCGUUAAUUUUUACUGGAAUUGCUUCUCAAGAAGAUCUUCAGAAACAAAUUAGCAAACUCCGUAGAACUCCGAUAUUAGAAACUCUCGUUUCAGCUCCCCCACCAGAUUGCAGUAACGAUAAAGUAUGUGAAAGUGUUUAUAAUGGUCCCAAAAUAUCAAGCUACCAAAAUUUGACAAAUUAUAAUACGGCACCACGUGGUUGGGAUCAAUCUCAAUCAUUUUAUCGUCCAGUAACUUUCAGUAAAGCACAAACAUCAAUACCUUAUUCUGACUUCUAAAGAGUAGAUAAUAAACAUAAAUUAUUUUCUCGGA